AUGGCUCCCGGUAUUACUGACGGCGGCCUAGCCACGCGCACCGCUGCAAGUCGAGUCGUUGCAUCGGAGAAGGUCAAGAAAAGUCUAGAGCAGCAAUACCUGACGCCUCCGACUACGUUCAGCGCAGAGUGGUUGAACAGACUACAGAGACGAUGGGACAAUCAGAUUGACUACACUGACCUAUGUCAGAUCGCUCCGACUCAGAGUCGAACAGUCACUCGCUUCAUCCGUGAGGGUUUAGAAGGCAGGGUCACGGGCUACAAAGAGGUCACUGUGCCGGCUUCUGGUGCUACUGCAAAAGACUCGACCUCAAUGCUGCGUCGUCCAGCUGACCGAGCCGACUUCGUGCGUGGUGCCGCUGGCUACUUUCCAUUUGCUCCUGGAGGCCUUGAUGGCGUGGAUGCGAUUCAAGCCUAUGAGGAUCAGACGCAGCUCGAAUUGGAGGAAGGUGCGACAAAGAAAGCGAAUGGCUUGAGUCGUGUCAUCAAUUUUGGAGCUGGCGAUGGACUCCUACAAAUACCUCCGGGCUUUACUCGAGGACUUGAUUUUGACAAGCAAGAGAAAGAGGGGGACGAGGCCGUGAAAGUACUGGAAGAAGCUGACAGCAUCAGUUCAUCAGGGACCAAUGGUACUCUGAAUGGAAGGAAAGACUCGUCGGACUCGGCGACUCCGUCUGGAGAGGAUACCGAUGAUGAUGAUGUCAACCUCGACGAACUUCUGCCAGUAGAAUUCCCUUCGCUGGCUCCUCAUGGUCAGUUGAAGGCUUCCACGGCACGAGACAAGGGUCGAGAAUGGGCUCAUGUGGUCGAUGUCAACAAAGCCAUCCCGAAUUUCACCGACCUGGUACCAAGCAUGGCUCGUACCUGGCCUUUCGAAUUGGAUACAUUCCAAAAGGAAGCUGUCUAUCAUCUGGAGAGCGGCGAUUCGGUCUUUGUGGCGGCGCAUACAUCUGCAGGAAAGACUGUUGUCGCCGAAUACGCCAUCGCGCUCUCAGCCAAGCAUAUGACCAAAACCAUUUAUACUUCUCCCAUCAAGGCACUCAGCAACCAAAAGUUUCGAGAUUUCAAGCAGGAAUUUGACGACGUUGGCAUUCUCACAGGCGAUGUCCAGAUCAAUCCGGAAGCCUCUUGCCUGAUUAUGACCACAGAAAUUCUAAGAAGCAUGUUGUAUCGAGGUGCGGAUCUAAUAAGAGAUGUCGAAUUCGUGAUCUUUGAUGAAGUCCACUAUCUGAAUGAUCAGGAGCGAGGUGUUGUAUGGGAAGAAGUCAUCAUCAUGUUGCCUGACCACAUCAACCUCAUCUUACUCUCAGCUACCAUUCCCAACACGAAGGAAUUCGCACAAUGGGUUGGGCGUACAAAGAAGAAGAACAUAUUUGUCAUCUCGACUUCGAAACGACCAGUCCCGCUGGAGCACUAUCUCUGGGCUGGCAAAGAGAUGCACAAGAUUGUCACGUCCGAUAGAGCCUUUGUUGACAAGGGAUGGAAGGCUGCGAACGACAUACUGUCUGGCCUAGACAAAGUGAAAGAGCAGAAGGCCAUCGAAGCAACGUCGGCGUCAAACCGUGGGAAUACUCCCAGCAGAGGUGGUCGAGCGGGACAGCAGCAGCGUGGCAACAAUCAACGUGGGGGCCCUCAGCAACGGGGAAGAGGUGGACCACCCACCAACCGCGGCCAAGGCAACAUUGCACGAACUGGUCGAGGCAGUGGACGGACCACCGCUGCUCAAGAUCGUACAGUAUGGGUCGGCUUGGUCGACUAUCUUAAGAACAACAACCUGCUUCCUGCUUGUAUCUUUGUUUUCUCGAAGAAGCGAUGCGAAGAAAAUGCUGAUUCUCUCGGCAAGAAGGACUUCUGCACUGCGGCUGAGAAAAGCGCCAUACACAUGACGAUCGAGCGAUCUAUCGCACGUCUGAAGCCAGAGGACCGUUUGCUGCCACAGAUUGGUCGGCUACGAGACAUGCUCGAGCGCGGGAUAGCUGUGCAUCAUGGCGGCUUGCUUCCCAUCGUCAAAGAGAUUGUCGAGAUCCUCUUCGCUCAGACACUCGUCAAAGUCCUCUUCGCGACCGAAACCUUCGCUAUGGGUCUCAAUCUUCCAACUCGUACCGUCGUCUUCUCCGGCUAUCGAAAGCACGACGGCCGAGAAUUCCGUAAUCUUCUGCCGGGCGAGUAUACUCAGAUGGCAGGUCGUGCUGGUCGCCGUGGCCUCGAUACGGUCGGCACCGUCAUCAUCGUUGCUGCUGGCCGUACUGACGCACCACCUGCAGCCGAGCUUCGCUCCAUGAUUCUUGGCCAGCCCACUAAACUUCGCUCCCAGUUCCGCCUGCAUUACAACAUGAUUCUGAACCUGAUGCGAGUCGAGGCUCUCAAAAUCGAAGAGAUGAUCAAGCGUUCGUUCAGCGAGAACGCGACACAGGCCCUCCUUCCCCAACACGAGAAGCAGAUCUCCCUGUCCCAAGCCAACCUGGACAAGAUCAAGCGCGACCCAUGUCCUAUUUGCGACAUCGAUCUCCAAGCUUGCCAUGACGCGGCCAUCGAGUACGAAGAGCUGACCAAAGAGCUACACCAAAAGCUUCUCGCCUCCCCAGUUGGCCGCCGACUGUGGACCACUCGUCGCCUGAUCGUCUUCAAGAAGAACAACAUUCGCACCGUCGGCAUCAUCCAAGAAGACAACAUCAAAGGCGGCCCCAACCCAUCCCUCAAGGUCUUCGCGAUCAUCAACAUCGACGCCACCCGCACCGAGACCGAUCUCCUCCCCUUCCUUCCCGCCUUCCGCCAGAAAUUUCCACCCUUGCCAAAGGACCCAUUCAAGCUCCUGCCCCAAACAGUGCUAGUCCCACUCGAGGACAUCGAGGCUGUGACUGCCACCCUAGUCAAGGUCGAUGUCCGGACGAUACUAAACGAUCGAGCAGAGCAAAAGAUCUUCAUUGAAAACGAAUUCAUCAAAAGCUACACAGACUGGGCGAGCAAGGUCUACGACGAGCAAGAGUGGAACAAAGUCACAGAACUCAGCGUGCGAGAGGUACUCUCUGCUCGGGAGAAAUUCGCAAAGAUCACCCAAGAGUCCAAAUGCCUAUCCUGCCCUGAUUUCCUCAAGCACUACGCACAAGAACACGACGAACACCUAAUCCGCACCACCAUCACCUCCCUCCAACGCCUCAUGUCCGACCAAAACCUCUCCCUCCUGCCCGACUACCACCAACGCGUCUCCGUCCUGCACGACCUAGGCUUCAUCGACGCCCAGCGCCGCGUCCAGCUCAAAGGCAAAGUCGCCUGCGAGGUCCACUCCGCCGACGAGCUCGUCCUCACCGAACUCAUCCUCGAGAACGUCCUCGCCCAAUACUCACCGCAAGAGAUUGUCGCGCUGCUAUCGUGCUUUGUGUUUCAGGAGAAGACGGACGUCGAGCCGCAACUCACCGAGUCGCUCAAGAAGGGGGUGGAGGCGAUCGUGGCGAUCAGCGAGCGGGUUAAUCACUAUCAGAUUCUGCAUCAAGUUAUCCUAGGCAGCGACGACGCAAAUGAUUUUGUGUCGCGCCCGCGGUUUGGGCUGGUCGAGGUGGUGUACAAUUGGGCAGAUGGGAUGAGUUUCAAGGAGAUUACGGACUUGACAGAUGUCAUGGAGGGGACGAUUGUUAGGGUGGUCACGAGGCUCGAUGAGACGUGUAGGGAGGUGAUGAGUGCGGCGCGGUUGGUAGGUGAUCCGGGGCUGUACCAGAAGAUGGAGAAGGCGAGGGAGAUGAUCAGACGGGAUGUUGUGUUUACGGCGUCGCUGUACAUGUGA